GCCUGUGCCUCCUCUUUUUUUUUUUCAAAGAAAAGAGAGAGAGAGAGGGAGAGAACGGGCGAGAAUGAGCGGGAGAGGUGAAGAGAGAACGAGGGAGACCGAGAGAGAAGAAACGAGGGGGGAAAACAGCAAACGAGAGAGUAAGAGAUAGAGAAAGAAUAGAGGAACGGUAGAGAAGUUGAGCAAGAUAGAAUUUCUGAGAAGGCAGCUAAGCAUCAGUUAUAUUUAAGCCUCCGAGUUCCUAGUGUGAUAGGAGGUGAUAAUCUUUCUCUCUGUGGUGAUUCGGAAGCCUUUUUCCUUCUUUGGGGAUGGCGAUGAGUCUUGUGCCCUGCGUGAGAAGGUCCCUCUCGGCCUUUCGAUGCUCUCCGAAGCCGGCACUUCUUUGCCAAGGAGUGAACAGCCAGUUUAUUAGGAAUCUCAUCUUGGAGACGAUCUCCGAGCCCAUCAAAACUCAACGCCUCUCUGGCUCCGACUCCGGAAUCGUGGAGGUGAGCUUGGACAGGCCAGGUGCUAAGAAUGCAAUUGGGAAUGACAUGUUGAAAGGCUUGCGGCGUACCAUUGAAGUUAUGAAUGAAGAUCCAUCAGUACGUGUCGUCAUGAUUUCUAGUUCGGUACCAAAGGUCUUUUGUGCGGGUGCCGAUUUGAAGGAGCGUAGAUUGAUGUCCCCUGAAGAGGUCAGGCACUUUGUGAACACUCUACGUUCUACCUUUUUAUCUUUGGAGGCACUGCAUGCUCCUACAAUUGCUGUUGUUGAAGGUGUAGCAUUGGGUGGUGGACUAGAACUGGCACUAUCUUGUGAUCUUCGGAUAUGUGGAGGUGAUGCUGUGUUUGCCAUGCCAGAGACUGCACUUGCUAUAAUCCCUGGGGCAGGAGGUACUCAGCGUCUUCCUCGGCUCGUAGGAAAAACAUUAGCAAAAGAACUCAUAUUUACUGGGCGUAAAUUCCAUAGUGAAGAUGCAUUAGAAAUGGGUCUUGUCAAUUAUUGCGUUCCUGCUGGAGAAGCGUAUUCAAAAGCUCUUGAAAUUGCUAGGGACAUAAGUCAGAAGGGUCCACUAGCCGUUAGAAUGGCAAAAAUCGCUAUAAACAAGGGGAUGGAAAUGGAUUUGUCGUCAGGCAUGCAGGUUGAAGAGGACUGCUAUGAAAGAGUAUUGAAUUCAAAGGACCGGCUGGAAGGCUUAGCUGCAUUUGCUGACAAAAGAAAACCAGCAUAUAAUGGGGAAUAGGAUCCAUUUGCACGAAUUUUUACCCUUCACCAAUGUCAAUGGUGGGGCUGCAGACAUUGUCUACAAGCAAGUUGACUGCAACACUUAUGAACUUGUGUGAUGUUCAGAUCUACAGGCUUAUCUGUGAUAUCCAUGCAUUCUUCAUAUAUAUUAAAUUUAUGUCUAAUAAGCUGUUUUGCGACAAA